UUUCUGAACCCGGAAGUUGAGAAAAACCUAAGUUACAUUCAGCCUCAUGAGCAGUGAUCUGCCUCUAACCUUUAGAUGUGGUUCAGAAAUAUGUGACAGUCAUUCUACUUCCCCUUCAGGGAAAUGACACUGAAGAGGGGCUCUGAAAGGUACAGUAUGACAUGACUAUGCCAGAUAAUGUUUCCUUAAAAUAUGCAGCCUUCUGUAUUUACUGAACCAAAAUAACACAAGUAAAGCAAAUCUUUGUUAUUUUGUUGGAUCUUGGAUUAUUGGAGAAACACUAUGAAAUGUAAGCCUUAUUUACAGGAACAUGGUGCUGCAGAAUGAACAGCCCUGCUUAUGCAUUGUCUCUGACAGUUUUCUGCUAGCAGAAUAUCAUCACUAUGACAGAGAGAGGAGCCAAUGCAUGCGUUUCUUUGGACACAAUGUCCGACAACGACAGACAUCAGACCAUAACCAAACCUCCAGCUGCUGUACUAGUAUGUCUCUCGAUGAUCAUGUGCAUCACAGCUAUUGCUCAGCUAGUGAAAGCAGUAAUGUGCCAGUAUGAGUGUCCAGGUCAGCCCUCUAUGACCAUCUAUCUGCUAGUGAUGGGAGUCAUCUCCCUGCUGCUGGUGGUGCUCUCCGUCCUGCCCUGUAUUUUCAGCAUCUACAACCACACCACAGCAUGGAGCUGCCUCAUGUUGCUCUUCUUCUUCACCUGGUUCCUUGCUGGUAAUAUGUGGAUCUACUCCCUGUAUGAGCCCAACUAUAAUGAUACACAAAGCCACAUGGAUGCCUACUGCAACAAAAAGCUCCACCUGUUUGCUUUCUGGACCACCAACCUGAACUACAUGUUGCUUGGUUUCUUAAGUUUGUGCAGCUGCUGCUCAUGUCUUUUGUGCAGCAAAUGAAUAAAAGACAACAACCCAAGAAAUACUGAAGAUGGUCGAUUUACUCACAGUAAACACAAGAAAACUUACCUAGUGACAAUCAAAGAUGGCCUGAAGGAAAAUAUCCUGUUUGAUUUUGUUGGAUUGUUUAUCACACAAAUAUGUUUUACAUGAAAAUAAAUAAACCAGGCUUGAUGCGAACAUGUAUUUAUGAUUAAAACAGGAACUGCCUCUAGUUAAGAAGAACUGUCAGUUAGUGCUGUGGGCUUGCAAAUAACCAAAUCAGUUUGACCACAAAACAUGCAAGACCUCACGUAAAAAAACCAGAGCUGCACUGAUGCGAAUGAACACACUUCUGUUGAUGUUGUUUCUUUACCACAGUCAAAAAAUAAAAGUGUCUG